UAUUUUUUAGCAAAACUCCAUCCACUGUCUUAUGUUUCAUCAAUGGAGCACUUGUAUUUAUACUCAUGCUCCUAAAAAGAACAUUAUUAACGUAAGAACAAAGAAAAGAAAAAAGGCCAUCAAGUGCAAAACACGAACUCAAAGAGCAGCAAAAAUGGACGAACUAAAGCCAAGCCCGGUGAACUCGACUCCCCUCACACCAAUAGCUUUCUUGGAAAGAGCAGCUAUUGCAUACGCUGAUUGCCCAUCCAUCAUCUACAACGACACCACUUAUACGUGGUCUCAAACUAACCGUAGAUGUCUCCAAGUAGCAUCAUCUCUAUCAUCCUACGGCAUCGAGACUGGCCACGUGGUCUCCGUUCUGGCCCCCAACGUCCCUGCCACGUAUGAGCUUCAGUUUGCCGUGCCCAUGGCUGGUGCCAUCCUCCAUAACAUCAACACACGUCUUGACGCACGAAAUGUUUGCAUACUCCUGCGUCACAGCGAGUCAAAGCUCGUUUUCGUUGAUUACCUCUCACGUGAGCUCAUCCUUGAAGCCGUAUCUUUGUUUCCUACAGACACAAAACGCCCUACACUGGUCCUCAUCACUGAUGACGCGGGCGCUGAUGCAGACCAAUCAUCAUCUGCAUCACUGACCGAUCAUUUUAACUGCUCUUAUGAUUACAUGGUGGAGAAAGGUGAUCCUGGGUUCAAGUGGGUCCAGCCACAAAGUGAGUGGGACCCAGUCGUCCUAAACUACACGUCAGGGACUACCUCGUCUCCGAAAGGCGUGGUCCAAUCCCAUAGAGGUAUUUUCAUAGUGUCCGCUGCAGCGUUGAUUGAUUGGGGAGUUCCAAAACAACCCGUUUACUUGUGGGCGUUACCAAUCUUUCAUUCUAGAAGACUGAACUAA